AUGCCCGCCCAGAAGAUGACUACAAAGCCGGAGGAGGUUGGCGAGUCCUCAACAUCUGCUGCGAAGAAGGCGCUGACGGCGGCGUCAAACGGUGUCCCCAAUUAUGAGCUUCCUUGGGUCGAAAAAUACCGUCCCGUCUUCCUCGAUGAUGUUGUCGGAAACACCGAGACGAUUGAUCGGCUAAAAAUCAUUGCGAAGGAGGGAAACAUGCCGCACGUCAUCAUUUCCGGCAUGCCUGGUAUCGGAAAAACCACAAGUGUGCUCUGCCUUGCGAGGCAACUACUGGGAGAUUCCUACAAGGAGGCUGUUCUAGAACUCAAUGCCAGUGACGAGAGAGGUAUCGAUGUCGUCCGCAAUCGCAUCAAGGGUUUUGCCCAGAAGAAGGUCACCCUGCCCCAGGGCCGGCACAAGCUCGUGAUCCUAGAUGAGGCCGACAGUAUGACCUCAGGCGCCCAGCAGGCCCUCCGCCGAACGAUGGAGAUUUACUCCAACACGACGCGCUUCGCCUUCGCCUGUAAUCAGUCCAACAAGAUCAUCGAGCCACUGCAAUCGCGAUGCGCCAUUCUCCGAUACGCCCGGCUCACGGACGAGCAGGUGGUCAAGCGUCUGAUGCAGAUCAUUGAGGCCGAGAAGGUGGAAUACAGCGACGACGGGCUGGCUGCGCUCGUCUUCAGCGCCGAGGGCGACAUGCGACAGGCCAUCAACAACUUGCAGUCGACCUUUGCCGGCUUUGGCUUCGUGUCGGGCGACAACGUCUUCAAAGUGGUGGACUCACCACACCCCAUCAAAGUCCAGGCCAUGCUCAAGGCGUGCUACGAGGGCAACGUGGACUCGGCGCUCGACAGCCUGCGCGAGCUAUGGGACCUGGGAUACUCGAGUCACGACAUCAUCAGCACCAUGUUCAAGGUUACCAAGACGAUCCCGACGCUGAGCGAGCACUCGAAGCUAGAGUUCAUCAAGGAGAUUGGCUUCACGCAUAUGAAGAUUCUGGAGGGAGUGCAGACGCUGUUGCAGUUAAGCGGUUGCGUCGCGAGGCUGUGCAAAAUCAACAUGGAUCCGAAGAAGUUUGAAGUGGUUUCAAGAUGA